CUCUCCUCAUUUGCCCAUCAAAAUAUAGAACACAGUGGUGUUCUAAUGCGCUCUCGCUCACUCCCCACAUCUCUCUGCCCAAUUGCUCGCUCAAUGGCGCUCGGAAUGCCACGAGAUUGCUGUGCGGCUGUGGAGUUCGUCGGAGUCUCAGCGAAUCUCAGAUUCAGUCCACUUUCAUGCGUCAGCGAGAAAACGUCUCUCGCUCUUUGCUUCAGCAUUAGAACAUUAGGGGCCAAGUGGAGUUGUGUGUGGUUUUCAGUUCUUUUUUCUGUGAAGAAGAGAAGUGCGAGAGAGUGGCUUGAGUAAACACUGAUUGCGCUUAGUAUCAACGAAGAGACGCCUGUAUGAAUUAAUGAGAUAGGGGAGAGCAUAAGACAAAAUUAAUUGAUUUCUGUGGAAAGCCAGAGAUCCAGAGAGUGGUGUUUUCGGUGUGAAAAAGUGCGAUAACACCAGCAGAGUUCAAUUGCGAUCGUGCGUUCCCAAUUGUAUGGAAAUACAUGUGAUGUGUCAUACUUUUUAUUAUGCAUCAUUUUCUGCAAAUAUAGCUGAACAAACAGAGUCGGAGACGAGGAGCGUCAAACAGUGAAAAAGGUGAAGAGAAGACCACCAUCUAAUUUACCUGUUCGUGUACACAACAGCCAUACAAAGAAGAUUCUCUGUGAGGGUAAUACUGAUCGCUCGCGUCUUGGAAGAUGGGAAGAACUGGCUACACUUGCAUUCGCCGGACUUUCUGUUGGUUGAAUCUGAUUGUUUGGCUGUGCGGAAGUGUCUUCCUGGCCGCCGGAAUCUGGCUCAAGCUCUGCUACCAAGGCUACGCCACACUCCUCCCAGACCACACCGCCCUCAGUGCCGACUGCCUCUUCAUCACCGUCGGAGUCUUGAGCGUUGUGGUAUCAUUCUUCGGAUGCUGCGGCGCUUGGUUCCAGUCACGAUGCCUCCUCAUCACGUACUUCUCCCUGGUAGUCAUCCUCUUCCUUAGUGAGUUCCUUGUGGGCUCCUUAGCGUUUGUCUUCCGUGGCGGUCUCACCAAGACCAUUGUCAAUGAGCUGAAGACUGGCAUUGAGAAGCACUACAAUGCCACAGAUCGCGGAGGAUUCGCAGCCCCUUCUGUCGCAGCCAUCUGGGACAAUCUCCAGUCAGACCUCCACUGCUGUGGUGUAACAUCAUAUGAAGAUUGGUAUGCAAUUAGUUCCUGGCCGGAAGAACGAUGGGUUCCGCAAUCAUGCUGCCGCUCUCGCUACAAUGAAACUGAAUGGUACGAGGGCUCAGGCGUCGACAACAGAUACACCAAUUGCGCCAGAUCCAAAGAUCCGUCACUGUGGUGGGACAAAGGUUGUGCUCAGACACUCCAAAUGUGGUUCAUUCAACGGUUACACGUUGUCGGCACUGUAGGUCUAGUCAUAGCAUUUCUACAGCUAUUCGGACUGAUAUCUUCAAUGCUUCUCUUCUGCACUGUCAAACACAAGCAAUCAUCGCAAACCUACAAGUCCUAUUCACCUGCAAUUGAGCCCCAGAGUGGACAGAACAACGUUCAGCGACACCGAUCAAAUUCUUAUCUUGACGAGUGAGACAAUUCCCGAAAUUGAUACUGUUCAGCGAUAUUUAAUUUAAAGUUGUGCCUUAAGAUUUAUGCUCAUUCGAUAUGUAAGUAAUUAUUAUUUAAAUCGCCAAAUGAAAGAUACAUAUACGUAUAUCAUGCAAACAUUUCUCGACAUUAUUCUUUGUAUUAGGUUGUAUUAGACAGUAUAUCAACCUUAUGCGAUUCUAGUUGAUAGCAAGACAAAUCAGUGCCAAAAAUUGCAAUGUUUCGUAAACAUUCCAAAAGAGAGUGACAAAAAGAAUCAUCAAUAAUAAAAAUAUCAAAAUAAAUCAAGUACCUAUAUUA